AUGUCUGGCUUUCGAUCAGACCAUCCAGUUCCAGUGGUUCACUGCUAAGACAUUUGUUUGCUAUAGUUUAUUUUUUGUUUUACUGUUUCAUUGCACCAAUGGCGUGUAGAAACAACAGGAAUAGUGCAGUUGUAUUCUCUUUAGGGCUCCUUUUAUUAUCUUCUCUUUGCCAAUGUAUAAAUCAUACAAAAAAGAAAUUCCCAGAAAAUAGUAUAUCACUCAGCGAAAUACCUCACUGGCACCAUGGGAAACUGUUAAUUGGACUGAAAACUGAACAAGGUGGCAAAUCUAAGGAAGCAGAAGACGCUGACUUGGAUUAUCAGUCAGACAUGACCUGGGAGGUUCCUGGGCGUCAUGCAGUACAAGAACAUGGCUUUCCAAGAUACGACAACACUGCAGUGAAACGACUUCUGAAAAUGCAGCCAACAGUGGACUGCUCCGGAAACUACAUGAGGCUUAAAGUACAAGAUGCUGAUUCAAAACCAGGCGCUCUACUUUUUGUGGACAGAGGUGAUCUUUCACCCCUUUCUCUGUCCAAAUUGCCUAAAAGCUGUGGUUCUAAAGUUAGCUCAACACGUCGAGAUCUAGUUAUGGUGGCCCCUUAUGAUGGUUGCUUUGUUAUUGUUGAAGAGUCCUGUUAUGUACUUCCAUUGCUCUGGUUUGGAUUACCAGUGCAAAUGUCUUGCCCUAUGAGUCAGCCUUUGUCACCCUCAUCAUCUAACCCUCCUAUGGUAACCUGCCACGCUGAGGGAAUGGUAGUAAAAACUGAUUGGACCUCUGGGCUUUCAGAAAUAAAAGUGAACUUAAAUGGUAACUGGGAGCCACUGAUGAAAGCCUCACCUAGAUGUGGCCUUGGUGCAGUUGACCAUCCAGAGGGCAUUACCAUCUCAAUUUCCUAUAAACCCUGCAUGAAGAAAAAGGAUGGAAUUUACAGUAUGAGCUUUUUAAAGGACGAUGAAGUCAAGGUCUUUUGCCCCUCACUGGCUUCAGCUGACCAUCCUAAACUGAUGCGACAUGUUAGACUUGUUUCUAAACCUGCCCCCACUCAAAAUGUGAAAACCACUCUCCAGGUCCCAGAAUAUCCUUUACCACCUCCCCCAAGCCUUACAUGGAACCAGUUUUACCCUUAUCAUUUGUACAUGCAACAACCACAAGCUGUUCAACCACCAGUACCCCAACCAACUGACGAUAAGAUGGUAGGACAACCAUUUUAUCCGGCAUACCCAGUUCAUCCUCAGCCUGAAAAGCAAAACCCAGGGAGUGUGCCCCCUGGCUUGGAUGAAAAUCUUGGACAUUAUUAUUCCUUGUUCUAUCCUAACAUGCCCCCUCUACCAGAACAUCCAUCACAGCUUGAUAACCACUCGCUGGAUGUAACUCAACUUCAAUAUCAAGAGUGGGAUUUGUCUGAGCCUCACCCAGCCCAUCCAUUUUAUUAUCCACAAGAUCCGGUGAAACGCACAGCAACUCCUGAGCCUGCUGUACUACCAGAGCCAGAAGAUCCUGUGCCACCUGUUUAUCUGUACCCUUUUUACUAUCCCACAGAGCAGCCACAAGCUACAGCUACUGCCAGUCCACCAGCAAACCUUCCACAACAGUAUCAGCUAUUUGGUCCAUACUACUACCCCCUUCCCUCCCAGCACACACCUCACAUAACCACUAUCCCCACACCCUUACCCACACAAAACCCACAAUACCCUCCCAUCUCACAUCCGGGUAAAGUUGUUAUCUUCCCACAAAAUGCCAAACCUGAAACCAGACUACCCCUAGACUGUCCCCAGUACUGCCAACUCGGACUUCCCUAUUGCUGUCCACAAGUUGCGUUCCAUCACCACAUGUAUCAUUUUGUUCCACAUGAGCAAAAUGGAAAUUACAAUCCUCAGUUUCUCCCAUCACCGGGGUUCCCAAAAGAGUUGAGACCCAACUUUGUCUACACCUCAUCACAAGGCCCCCAGGAAGCACCUGUCCCCCCGCCAGCCUUCACUAAUCCACUUGUAUCACCUCAGUUGUAUCCACUCAAAGGACUGUAUGAAGGGCAUGCAUACAACCAACCACUAGAGGGCAAUCCUUCUGCACAUUCUGAAAACAAGCCCAGUGACCAAACCCAUUCUCAACCUGCUUCUCAUCACUUUGAGCCCAAUGCUCAUUUUCUCUAUAGGGACCAUGAUACUCUCUGGAAUCAUCAAGAUCAUAAUCCUGAGCCUCCAAAUGGAGCUCCUUUGCAUUACUCUGAAUAUUUUGACCCAGUGCAGAGAACAAACAUGCAUUUACCUUAUAAUAUGCAGUCUUCACAGCAGUCCGAUGGCCCAAAUGUGAACCCACGACCUCUUUUGUCUAGGAUUCGUCAGUAUGUACAUCAGCCAGUUAACAAUGCUGAUGGAAAUGGGCCAGAAAGUUUGGUUUUCCGUAGUCAGCAGGAUCCUCAGUUGGUUCCUUAUCACACGCUUCAAGAACAGGACAACUUUUCUAAAAAACGACCUACUGAAGCCCUGCGAAGAACGACCAAACGUGAGGGGACUGAGAGUUUUGUCUCUGAACCAAAGGGCUACGUGCUCCUUCAACAGGGUCCACCAGGCAGGGAGAGUGGCAGCACUGUCCAGCCCUCACCAUACAACCCUGUGGUUUUGGGCCAAAAUCUUAAAAAUAAUUUCCCAAAUAGAUUCCUAAACCUCAAAGAGGAAUCUGAAGGCUUGAAAGUAGAGAAUGAAAAUUCUGGUAAUGCUGUUUCAACUCUGGGAGACAUGUCUGGAUCUUUGCCACAGACUACUUCUGCUGGUCAUAAUUCAGCACCUACUGUCAGAGUGAAGCCUACCAUUAAGUCUGUCAGAUUUCCUCAGAGGCUUUUCUCACCUUUUGGUUACAGGCAUAGAACUUCACAACAUAAUGUUCCCCAAUAGUCCUUUUUUUUAUCACACUUGAAGGAUUACAACAAAAAACAUGAACGAAGCUGCCUGUGACAAGGUGAAGUCUGUACGAUAGUUAAUGUGUAUAUUAAAAGAUUACCUAAAACUAAUGUUUUGUGUCUAUACUUGGUUAUAUUAAAACUUUGUUAAAAGUUAAGAUUGAGAUUGUUGGUUGGCAUUGUAAGCAUAAGGUAUAAUUGCUGUUUUAAAGGGCAUGUUGAUGUGACCAGUUUAUCAGUCAGUGAGUUCAUUAAAGUCAUUGACUACAUUGUUUACCAAUGUCAAACAGUGGUGUUUUGCAAUUGCCUUCAUGGAUGAUUAAUAAAUGUGAGG